GCUGUUUAUUCAAACAACUUGUGAAGAGUUGUGCGCAUGCGCCACUCAAACACACAAUGGAGAUGAGUUGUGUUCAGAUGAAAUGAGAAAAACAGAAGAAGCAGUAGACAUGAGAUCAAUGAGAUGUUUUUUAUGAAUGAAACAAAAAACCACUUAGAUUCGUUUAUUGGAAGAUUAGAUUGAUAUAAAAUGUGUGGAUAGGUCAGUUAGUAGUAACAUUGCAUGUUGGAACCUCGAUAGAUACACAAGACCAACAUCAAGAUGAAGCUUCUUGCCCAUUUUGUUGGUUUACUUUUUGUGGGCUUUGCCGCUGCCGAUAUUUCAUUAAAAUUGAAAGAACAACAACAACAACAACAAAGCCAAUAUUUACCCCCAAUCUCCGAAAAUACUGCACGAAAUGAACAACAAAAAUUCGAAGAAUCGAAAUAUGGCAACUCUAAAUAUCAAGUAUUCGAGGUGCAUAACGGCUACAAUGGUCCAGCUGGAAAUUCCGGUUCGUCGUCAGGACGUAGCCAAAAAAUACGCAUAGAACACAUAAAUGCUCCGCCCGGCUUUCCUUUGGAUGAUCCCAAUUUAGAUGCCACCUUGCUGAGAAUUGUCACCGAUGGUGCUGCUGAAAACCAUGGACCAAGGGUUGAAGAAAAUGAGGUUGUAUCGAAUAAUGAACAAAUUCCCAUACCAUUCCCCUCAAACUAUCGUCAUGUGUUCCCAGAAAAAUCCUCAUCCCGCAAGAGUAAUUACAAUGAAGAUCAGAAGCAGCAACAACUACAACAAACUACAUUUGUAAAUUCCUAUACAACUCAAGAAAGGGCUCCUCAAGCCAAACCAUUUAAGGGUAGCCCAUAUUUACCACCUGUACCAGGUAGUGGGGAAAAUGUAGGACCCGAAUAUUUACCUCCCCAGACAGACAGUGAAAAUAGGCCAUUCAAGGGACCAGAUUAUUUGCCACCCAGCGAAGGACAGGUACCAACAUUCCAGCCCAACAAUCCAUUUAAGGGUCCUGAUUAUUUGCCACCUCAACCAAGUGGUUCCACAACUCAACAGUACAAAGCUCCGGAAUAUUUGCCACCUACAGGUGGUGCAACAAAUCAAGGAUCUUAUCAGGACAACUUAUCAAAUAAUCAGCAAUAUAACGUACCAGCAGGAGCUGGAACAAAUCAGAACACAUAUCAAACCAAUGGCCAAUUUAAGGGUCCCGACUAUUUACCACCUCCACCAAGUGUGAAUGGUGGCGGUGUUAGCAAUCAAGGAUCAUACCAAAGCAAUACACCAUUUAAGGGUCCAGACUAUUUGCCACCUUCGCCCGGCUCAAGCGGGCCAGCCACAAGCCAGGGAUCAUAUCAAACGUCCAGCCAACCACAAACAGGUGGUCAGAGUUUCCCCAACAAUCCCUUCAAAGGACCUGAUUAUUUGCCACCGCCAAGCUCAAACAACUUUAAGGGCCCGGAAUAUUUACCACCCCAAGCCAGUGCCGGGCAACAGAGUGUUACACAAAAUACCUUUACGGCUGUUGGUGCCUUACCACCUGGUUAUGAUUUUGUAAAACCUGAAAACUCCGAAGCAGCCAUCUCCGAGCUUCACACUUUACCCAAUGAUGAUGAUGAUAAUGGUGCCGGCAAUAAUAGUCAAGAGGUUACGGUACAAGCACAUCUACAAGUUGCUGGAGGUCAAGUGCAAUCCAGGAAUCUGGGACAAACGGCAGGUUCAUAUCAAGCUCCUGGUUAUUUGCCACCCGUUGCAGGUCAACAGCAAUCUUCAAAUAUUGUCUAUGGCACACCUAAGCCAGGUAAUGCGCCAUUAAGUCCAGCCUAUCAAGCUCCAGGUUAUUUGCCACCACCAAGCCAACAGCAAACAACAACAACGACACAAGGUUUAGGAUCUUAUCAGGCUCCUGGUUAUUUGCCACCAUCGUCAACACCACAACCACAAGGUGGUUCCUAUCAGGCUCCAGGUUAUUUGCCACCAUCCCCAUCUGGCCCAUCAUCGACAAACCAAGGGAAUGUCUAUCAGGCCCCAGGCUAUUUGCCGCCACCACCAAGUCAAGGACAGUCGGAAAGGGAAUCGAAGAGUUAUAGUGCACCGGGUUAUCUGCCACCCGGUUAUGAUUUCCAAAAACCUGUGGAGCAAACAACCAAUCAGGCACCAAGCCAAACAAAUAUACCUGGCAACAACAACAACUAUAAGGCUCCCGGUUACUUGCCUCCAGGCUAUGAUUUCCAAAAACCUGCCGAAACUGAAGUCCAUCAAGGAUCAUCCCCACAAAGUCAAUCGGGUGGUCACAACCACAAUUACCAGGCUCCUGGUUAUUUACCCCCAGCCAGUCAGACUCCUUUCAAGGGUCCAGAAUAUUUACCUCCCGUAACUAAUGCCGGAGCACAUGAACAAUCUUCGGCCCAAUUACCGUCCAACACAGUUUCUCAAGUUUCCACAUCUGGGCUGCAAACAGCCUCUUUGGUGGCACCAAAUCCAGCCAAUAUUAACUUCAAGUCCCCUGCCUAUUUGCCACCCGUCUCAAAUGCUCCUAGACCCUCUUAUGCCUUACCCUCAACAUAUCAAGGACCUGGAUAUUUACCACCAUUUGCUAAUGCACAUCCAACCCCCACUGCAGCUCAAACAAGUCACAUGCAUCCUCUGAGCAGUUACAUGACCAGUGUACAGCCCUUUGAACGUUAUGGGAGUGCCCGGAAGCCCUUUGCCGAAUAUGGACCGCCACCAGCAGCGGUCGCCACAAACACCCAUGACGUUGCUCCCAUGUACAAAGAAGCUGCCAGCAGGCCCCAGUACUACGCCCCAGCCAUGUCAUAUGCCCAAAACACAAUCGGCACCCAAGCCUAUGGUCAAACAGCCAGCCAUAGUUUUGCAAGCUCCACGUUUAAUCACCAAACCCGUCAAGCCCUGCAAGCAUUCAUGCCCAAAGAUUUACGCCAGGAAAUUCCCAGCAGUCGCUCCCUUGUUGGCACCGCCAUAUCGAGCAGCACCACCAGCCCAACGGUGUCUGUUGCUCCAACAGCUUCGGCUAAAAUUCGCACCGUGCAAAUUGUCAACCCGAACACCGUGAAAACUCUCAAAGUUUUGGAAUCUUUGGAUCACAGCGGCGUAAAGACCAUUAAAAUUCUGGGACCCAGUAACGAGGAACCCAAGGGAGAACAUCGUGUCGUCAAAGUUGUCAGCGGACGUGAACAAACCGUGCAAACCGUGAAAAUCUACAAUGACCACCAGGAUGUGACGGAUAGUCAUGUGGCUGAGUCGCAUGGCUAUUUGCCACCACGCCGUAAACGUAAUCAUAAAAAGGUCACAGCAAAAGGCCGCAGGCGUAUUGUGAAAAACUGAAGCGGCUGAAAUGUGCGAGGAAAUGUGGCCCAAUUUCUUUGCCCUGAUGUUGAGUGGCAUUUCCGUUACGACAUCUCACCAACAACCAACCAGCCAUCUUCAACACCAUUUCCAUGCCAGCGCCCUUUCAAAUGCCGUGUUGCGUUUUUGGCAACACGUUAUAGCACUGAUUAGCUUUAAUCAUAAUUUGUAAUUUUUCAAACGACUACUCUUCGUCAUUCAAUCACUCACUGCCCGAGCGCUACCUGUGCGUCUUUCGUAAGCCUAUGUGGGAAAAUGAAGAUCGUUUAUGGUGUUUUCGGGUUCAUUGUGAACCAAUUAAUGCCGCAUGUUUUAGGUUAAAUUGUUAGACCGUCUCUUUGGACCAAUUCGCAUCGUUUCAUCAGUGGCUAAAAACCAUUAAUUAUAAGAUUUGCUAAUUGUUGUAAUCCACAUCAUUUGCCCACAAGUCAGGCAGGCAGCCAGCCAGCUACACCAGCCAGUGCCGAUCAUCUUGCCCCAUUAUUGAAAAUUCACCUCAUUUAUUUGUUUUGUUUUUUUCUGUUGCCAUUUUUGUUUGGUUUGUUACAUUUUAUUGUUAUUGUUUUGUUAGUAUAUUUUUUCUUUUUUUUUUUUGCAUUGUAUGUAAAUUGUUUCUUUCCAAACAAACGAACACACACACAUAUAAACUCAUCAUAUUAGUCAUAUUGUAUUUUUUUACGAAUAAAUUAAAAAAAAAAUUAAACAUAACACCCUGUGUUGUUGCAACUUCUGCUACAUUCCCAUUUGUCUGUGUGGGAAUUUACAUUUUGUGGUGUUUUUUUUUGUUUGGGUUUUAAGGUCGAUAGGUCAACACACACAAGUUGAAAGGCUGUGACAUUUUUUGUUUAUCUACCUUCCUAUCUGAUUUUGUGCGGCGUCUUAAACGGUCAAUGAUCAAGGUCAUUGCAUAAUAAAUGUAAAAUCUCAUAGAAUUUCAAAUAUAUUUAUUGGCGGAGAAAUACAAACUGAAGACCCAAAUUUUCGAAGAAUUGACGAAUUUUUAAUAUAUUCUCUGUAUAAAUUAUAACGUGGCACAGUGGUUCCACGUGUAUGGUAUAGCGAACCGAAUACAGAUAAAAUAAGUAAGCAAAGGCUAUAGUCGUGCGGGGCCGAGCAUGUAAUACCCUACAACACUACAAUAUGUUCGAAGUCCCUUUAUAUCCAAAUCCAUUUGGAUAUAUAUCCAUUUCCAUUGAAAUAAUGCUAAAGUGCCCUACCCAGAAGUUACCCUUAGAUUUUUGACCCGGAGAAUUUGGCCAAUAUUUACGCACUCCGUAGUAUUGUUAAGCAUUCAAAGAAUUGCACACGAAAGUUGUGUUCCAUUUUAUAGCUAAAUAUAAUCCAAUGAUCAUCCAAAAUGCUAGACUUCUUCUCUGUCCUCAACUCUCUUCCGAUGCGAAAUUCCGUGUCGAUUAGUUCUCAAUUGUGGCGUAUAGAACGACUACAAAAUUAGAAAAAAAUUAAAUUUUUUAGCCAUUUAAACCUCUAAAUGCACAUCCUAAGAACAAUAGGCUUCAAUUCCAACCCUACCCCCAUGCAAAAUUUUGUGAGAAUCGGACGAUAAUUGCGACAUACAUAUAAUACCCUCAAAACGUAGUGUUGGGGGGUGUAAAAAUUUCGAAAAUUUAAAAUUCAA